AUGGCAGAGGAGGCAAGAGGAACGUUUACAGUGGACGAUGCUCUUAUGACCUUGGGGUUUGGGAAAUACCAAUUUUGUGUGCUUGGUUAUGCGGCACUGGCAUGGGUCUCAGAAGCCAUGGAAAUGAUGCUUCUGUCGUUCAUAGGCCCAGUAGUCCAAAGAUUAUGGCAUCUUUCUGCCAAACAACAAAGCUUAAUAACCAGUGUGGUUUUCAUCGGUAUGCUAAUAGGAGCGUAUUCCUGGGGUGUAGUCGCAGAUAAAUAUGGAAGAAGGAAGGGUUUCCUUAUGACUGCACUAGUUACUACUUUGGCUGGCUUUGCAAGUGCCUUUUCACCAAAUUAUGCGUCUUUGCUGGUUUUCCGUUGCGUGGUUGGUAUCGGGUUAGGGGGUGGGCCGGUCCUUUGCUCUUGGUUGCUCGAGUUCAUCCCCCCGCCGAAUCGAGGCACAUGGAUGGUUGUUUUCCAAGCAUUUUGGACCGUCGGCGCGGUGUUUGAAGCCUCCAUCGCUUGGAUUGUGAUGCCAAGAUUGGGUUGGAGAUGGCUGCUCGGUUUCUCUUCGAUCCCUUCGUUCGGUCUCCUUGCGUUCUAUUUUAUUACACCCGAGUCGCCAAGGUACCUCUGCUUGAACGGUAGGACAAAGGAGGCGAUGAUUAUUUUGGAAAGAAUAGCGGAAGUCAAUGGCACAAAAGUGCCUCUUGGAACACUUGUUUCUGAAGACUAUCAAGCUGGCUUGGAUGAAGAUGAAACUCCUGCAAAGCCUGAACAAGGACCCUUCUCAACAAUUUUAAAGCUUCUUUCACGAGAACUAAUUAGGCCAACCCUGCUGUUGUGGGCAGUGUUCUUCGGAAAUUCGUUUAAUUAUUACGGACUGGUACUACUCACUACCGAGUUAAACACAGGCCGCUCUAGGUGUGCCGGACACAAAACCGAAUCCAAAAUAUCUGAAGAUGUUAACUACAAAGAUGUCUUCAUCACUACUUUUGCAGAAUUUCCGGGGCUCAUCAUAGUAGCGCUUACAAUAGACCGAGUCGGUCGAAGGCUUUCAAUGGCGAUUUUGUUCUUCAUCUGUUGCAUUUUAAUAUUCCCCUUGGUAUUCCAUCAGACUCAAAAGGUAACAACAGGCCUUUUAUUUGGAUCACGAGUAUGCAUCACCGCAACCUUCACCACCCUGUUCAUAUAUGCUCCGGAGGUGUAUCCGACCGCCGUAAGAACGACGGGUUUCGGAUCAGCAAGCUCGAUGGGAAGAAUCGGUGGUAUGAUUUGUCCCUAUGUUGCGGUAGCUUUGGUGCAGGGAUGUCAUCAAACAGCUGCCAUUGGGAUGUUUGAGGCUAUAAUACUUUUAUCAGGGGUAUGCAUAUUGCUCAUACCCAUAGAGACCAAGGGUCGAGAAUUGACCGAUGAUGUUAAGCAAAAGCUCACUGCACCUGUUUAGUUAACUUAACUAUCAAG